AUGACACGCUCAAGAAUUCUGUUACCAGAGAAAGGCGAUGAUGUCACCUUAACAACCCACCAGAAGCGGCUGAAGAUAGGAUUAAGGUCGGAAUUGUCAGCCAAAUCUAGUCACGGAGGCGGCGAGACGGUGGAUGAGGACUCUUCUGAAGUACGAGGAACUGGAUCAUCUAUGGUAAAGCUGGAUGAACCACAAGCCCUGGAGAUGACUCAUCGUCACGCCUCGUCGACUUGGCCAAGUGCAGUCUCCGAAGCCCGCUACGAUGAGCCCAUUUCAUCCGUACGCAUUAGCAGCUUCGCCAAAAUGACUGUGUUAGGUGAGAGGGACAAUUUGACGGGAACAGCUGAUGGGAGUGGCGCUAGGGAAGUUCAGGGGAGCAGUCUUGCUGGCGAUAGCUCUCCUAGAGAGUCCUUUCCGGCUACUCCACCGAACUUUUCAACUCCUUCUCGAAGGCAGCUUUCUCCAGGUGCUAGGAAGGGAACACCUAUCGCAGGGCCGAAAAGCGCGGUGACAGCCUUUCAUCGGCUGCUGGAACUUGAGAACGCAUCAUCUAUUGAGAAGCCUAGAAAAGAGCGCCUUAAUCGUGAUUCGUUUGCAUGGUUCCAGAAGUCGCAGUGCCAUCCUUCACCGCAUGACACUACGCCUUUGAGUCCGCCGAAGAUCCUUCGCCACCAACUACGGUUACAAGAUUUCACUAGAGUACGCCCAUCUCGAUCAGGCUUUGAGAAACGUGUCUCUGUGUUGCAAAGCGAUGUUGCAUCGAAUGGCGACCUUGCUUCCGUCAACUGGUCCAAAUGCUUGCCCCCUAUCGGACCCGAGCGUGAUCGGUCGGGAGCCAAGCACUCUGCAGGGCUUCGAAGGAUUUAUAUCUUACAUCCGGAAAAAGCAACCCCUUCCGGGCAAAUGAUCGAGCCAACACUUAGCGAAUCGCUCGAGACUUACCAGAAACAUUUGUCUCAAUAUGUUGGGUACGCUUGCCUUCUACUUCCUAUACUUGGCCCGGUGUUCGGCCAUGGAGGGUUAGAUGUACUCAUUAAUUGGCAUUCGAAGGGCCAAGUGACACAGUUUCGCAGGCAAGAGAAGGGGCUUAUUCUUGCCUAUAGCUAUGGUAUGCUCGUCAUAGCGGUAAUCGCGCUUACGCUGGCCAUGGUUCUUUUUACAUAA